AUGGCCUCGUAUCUCCACCUGCGCGUCGCACUCACCCUCGCCGACGGCGCGCCGCUCGUCGGCCACAUCCGCGCCAUCGACGCCGCCGCCGGCGCACUCACCGUCGAGCCGGCGUCCGGCGGCGCGCCCGUCGUCGUGCCGCGCGCCCGCAUUGCCGCCCUCGAGCUGGCGCCCGAGGCCGCGCCGGCCGCAGCUCAGCCGCCGCAGCCGCAGCCGCCGGGCAAGAAGAAGAAGGCCAAGAAGGCGGCGGCGCCGGCCGCGUCCUCGCUGCCCGCGCUGCCCACGGGCAACAAGAAGGCGGCCGCCGCCUCGUCCGCCGCGCCGGCGCUGCAGGGCCGUGCCGCGCCCGUCGCCGACGAGUACGCCGACGACUUUGACUUUGACGCGGGCCUGCGCAGCUUCGACAAGCGCAAGGUGUGGGACGAGAUCCGCGCCGCAGACACGACGUCACCCGCCGCCCGCCUGCACGCCCACAACCGCGCCGUGCCCGGCGGCGGCGGCAGCGCGCCGCCCGCCGCCGCCGGCGACGAGAGCGACGCAGAGGGGCUGCCGCCGCGGCGAGCACGCACCGCGGCCGAGGGGCAGCGCAAGAUGCGCCACACCGACCUCGUCCUCUCGCCGUCGCCGCCGCCCCUCGAGGAGCGCUUUGCGGCGGCGCAGCUCGCCGAGGCGCAACCACAGCCCGCCGGCUCCGACGACGGCGACACCCUGGCGCUGCUAUGCGCUCUGUCUGGCAUGGACCUGGCGCGCAUCCCGUCGCCGUCGCCCACGCCUCUCUUCGCCCUCAGCAUCUACGUGUCCUCAGCCGCGCGCACGGCUGCACUGCGCGCAGACGCGCCGCAGGGGCGCCUCGUCUUUCACUUCUCGGGCACGCCCGCCAAGCUGCGCUUCCUCGGGCCGGACCGGGGCAAGUCGGACGCUGCGCUGCUCGAGAAGCUGCCAAAGCAGUACUCGGGCGAGAUGGGCUGCAACGCGGAGCGGGCGGCGCUGCUCGUUGGCAGGCUGCGCGAGGCAGUCGAGAAGGCAGGGCGGGAAUAG